GUUAAGUCAUUUUGGAAGGAAUUAUCAUCAAUAUUUGUAUAUCCAUAUUAAUUUUACACUUUUCGGAGUUAAUGAUUUUCUCCAAAAGGUUUGAAUUAACUAGAAGAAACGAAUUUCCAUAGGAUCUAUUUCUUCUCUGUGGAAAUUUAAUUUUGUUUUGGUUGUGAAAGGGUUCAAAUGAAUGAAGCAGUGUAGCAGCCGAGAAUCAACAUAAAAGUUUUACUAUUUUGUUUAAUUAAUAUCACUUUUUAUAUGCGGCAUACGCAGGUAUGGGACAAACAUUAUCUGAGCCGGUUACGACAAAGGAGACGUCAAAAUGUGAAAAUAAUUUUGUAAAAGUUGGAUCAUCUUGUAUGCAGGGAUGGCGAAUAAAUAUGGAAGAUGCCCACAUACAUCUUUUAUCAUUACCGGGGGAUAAAGAAUCCUGUUUUUUUGGUGUUUUUGAUGGGCAUGGAGGUGGUAAAAUAGCCCAGUAUGCUGGUAAUAAUCUACACAAGAAAAUAGUAUUACACACACAAUAUGCACAAGGUAAUAUUAGUGAAGCCAUUAAACAGGGAUUUCUAACAGUUGAUGAAGAUAUGCUAAAAGAUGAUGCAAUGAAAGAUGAAUUAGCGGGUACAACAGCCGUUAUAGUUUUACUUAAAAAUAGAAAAUUAUAUUGUGGUAAUGUAGGUGAUUCACGUGCUGUAGCUAGUGUUGGUGGACGUGUAGAACAGUUAUCUUUUGAUCAUAAACCUAGUAAUGAAGGGGAAUCUAGGCGUAUAAUAUCAGCUGGUGGCUGGGUAGAAUUUAACAGAGUUAAUGGUAAUUUAGCUUUAUCUAGAGCAUUAGGUGAUUUUGUUUUUAAGAAAAACGCUCAAAAACGAGCUGAAGAACAGAUAGUCACAGCGUAUCCAGAUGUGGUAGAGAAGAAUGUAACAGAAGAUUAUGAGUUUGUGGUAAUAGCUUGUGAUGGUAUUUGGGAUGUUUUAACAAAUCAAGAAGUUGUAGACUUUGUUCGAGCUAGAAUUGCUCAGGGCAUGGAACCGGAUGUAAUAUGCGAAGAAUUAAUGAUGCGUUGUUUAGCUCCAGAUUGUCAGAUGGGGGGGUUGGGUUGUGAUAAUAUGACUGUAGUAUUAGUGUGUUUUCUUAACGGCCGUAAAUACAGCGAUCUGGUUACACGUUGUUCACAACAGAAUGUAGGGGGCUCUGCACCACACUUACGAGAAUACUGUGAAACAGUGGAUCUAAAAUAGCGUCAGUUGAAAAUCAUUAAAUCAAGUCCAAGUUGUUAUUUUUGUGUAUUUUUCUUUGUUUUUAUAAAAAAAAUUUGCCAUGA